AUGAGGACCCAGAUUUUCUCGUUUUUGCUCGGUACUAUCCUUGCCAAUGGAGUUCAUCACGAACUUACAGAGGAUGAAGGACUUAUUGAAUUGACUGAAUACCCAGACCACCACAAAGUAGAAUGGUGCGUCGCAACUACCUGUGACACCGUUGAACUGACAUCCUCUUCUUUUGCAAUCGAAGAUGGCCACGAUUUUGUUUUGAUCCGAGAUGAUGUCGCUAAUAUCAGUUGGAAAUACACCGGAGAGCAGAACAUCACCCUCGACUUGAGCGCUAACUUCACCGUUUUGUUUACCUCGGACAGCAGUGAAAACGACGACGGAUUCGCGUUUAACUACACUUGCAAAGAGCUCCAGACCGAAGGCUGCUUGGCCGACGAUGGUCUUUACAACACUUUCUGGAUGGUCAAGACCAACUGCAGCUUUGGUGUUGACGUUACCUUCAACAGCACUGAUGAUUUCCCAGAAUUCGCUAAUAUUACUAUUGGAAACGUGACCCUUGAAGAGUGGUCGGAAAAUGCCACUUUCAUCGAAACCAACGACUUUGAUGUAUCCCUUGCUGUUGAAGAGAAGGGUGUUGCUUCUCCAUUCUCCCUCUGCUGGGAGUGCUUUGUCCCAGAAGUCGAAAUUGUUGCUGUAGAGUUCCAAGCCGAAUGCACUUUUGAAUGGGAUGCUAGUCUUUUAGUUGUUGACUCCGAAAUUUACACCGAGAAAAAGGAGAGAGUUGAAUAA